CCUGCUGUGCUGCAGGCAGUGCUGUUUGCGCCGGCGGCUCGCUCAGCGUUGUAUAGUGUUACAGGGCUCUCGUAGCUCUCGAAUAACAGUCUGCGCGACCUGUGCCUCUGCUUUGCUUUGCUUGCAGCGGUGCUUUUGCAGCAGCGCUCUCCGGCAAGCAGUCUCUGCUCUGCACGCUCUGCUCGCAGAUCAGGCGCUCUGGCAGGCUUAGAACUAGUGCAGGCAAUCGGUCGACGCCACCGGCGCGGGCGAAGCCCAGAACAGCGAUGCAGCGCGCGACGCGUGCGCUCCUGGGGCUCGCGGCAGCCUGCAGCGCUCUCACACCUACAGUGCUCGUCACCGACGGCCUCGCGCCCUGCGGGUUAGAACGACUCGCGGAACGGGGCGCCAAGAUCGAAGAACUAAAUGAUCGAUCGUUGCAAGAAGCUUUGUCGAGUGCCGACGGUGUCAUAGUGCGGAGCGCGACGACCCUAACAGCGGCUCUGAUCGAGCAAGCACCGUCAUUAAGAUGCAUCGGGAGGGCGGGCGUCGGCUUAGAUAACAUCGACCUCGACGCGGCGGCGAAAAGAAAGAUUCCCGUCGUGACGAGCGCUGGCGCCUCUACCAGAGCAGUGUCCGAGCUGUGCAUGGCCCACCUACUCCAGUGCGCGCGUGGUUUAAUUCAAGCUGAUAAAGCCGUAGCGAAUGGCGCGUUCAAAGCGUUCAAAGGUAGUGCUGCGUCGUCGGCCCACGAGCUGGGAGGGAAGAAAUUGGGACUCCUCGGCUUUGGGAGAAUAGCGAGAGAAAUAGCUUGGUUGUGUGUGGCCUUUGGCAUGGACGUUGCUGCUCACUCUCCUUCAUUGGACGCGGACGAGGCCUACGAAAGUGGAGUGCUGUUCGCCGAUUCGCCUCAGUCACUUUUCGCGCGGUCUACGCACGUCGUCCUGAGCUGCCCCCUGAAUGAGGGAACGAGGAACCUUGUGGGUCGUGAUUUGAUCGAUUUGAUGCCGUCGGAGGAGUGUGGAAGGCAUCUGGUUAAUGUGGCCCGCGGGGGGAUUGCUGUCGAGAGUGAGAUAGUAGAGUGUCUGAACGAAGGGUUGUUAACGAGCUACGCUACCGAUGUUUUUGCGGAGGAGCCUUGCGUGGACUCGCCCCUAUUUGGCAUGGAGGGGUUCUCGGCCACGCCUCACAUCGGCGCGGCGACGCGAGAAGCCCAAGAUGCCGUAUCAUUGAUGGUCGUUGAUCGAGUGAUGGACGAACUGGCGGGGGCUAAGACUAGUAUC